GUGGUAUGUGAAAAAUCUAUCACCCGUCUCAUAGUUGGAACUUGGGAGCUAACAAUGCUCUCUCAGGCCGAGUGGUUAUGGCGCAAGUAAGCAACUAUGAGUCUCUCACCAUCACCUCAACUCUGCUAACCCUGCCAAAAGGUUUCAGGUACACCUGGAGCUCACGCUUCGAAUGGUACAUAUCGGAGUACUUGUGGGUUAAAUCCCUCGUGGGUUCGAGUCCCACCCUCAUCAACCGCAUGUUACUUUUUUUUGGUUUUUCUUUUCACGGGACCGGUAGGAGAGGAGGAUGGAAGGCCGGGAUGGUGGCGGAUGAGGGGAGAUAUCGUCCAGGCGGAAAUGGUGGACUCGCAUUGGAGCACAGAGAGCUUUCACCCUUCACCUUUGCAGGCACUGGGCGAGAUCUUGUUUUCUAAGGUGUAACCAUUUUCCUUGGAGGGCAAUUGGCAGCCCGUGGUCUGCGAAAUUAUAUGAUUAUAUUAUAUGCUUUCUUCCACACCAGAUGCGACUGUACCCUUUUUCACUGCCCUGGACUUCG